CUCUUGUCUACAUAAAGAUGUUCAGGGCGACUUACGAUGAGGGAUAGAGCUUCAUAUCACUCACAAGGAUUUAAUACUGGGAUGUGAUGUAUCGAUUAAAUUAGCAGCUCCUGCUACAAUGUAAGAGUCAUAUAAGGAGACGGUUACUGAUGACUCGUAGCGACAAUGUCCCAAACAUGGUCCAUCCUCACUGCCGUUACAUUGCUGGCGGUGCAGCUUUGCAUAGGGGAGAAAUCCUGCUCCAUCUGGUCCAGUGCUGGACCUUUGGUGCAGCGAGACUCCAGUUUUAGGGUUUACUGCACCUUUAACUGCAAGUGCAAGGGAUCCAUGUUCAGUGACCACCCACCCACACUACAGAACCACAAAGAACUAAAUUCUACAACCAUAUAUUUUAAUGUGGUGAACAUAACAAAGAACAGAACCUACAGCUGUAACUGUGACUGUACCCUGAGACAGUGUAACUGUCCUGCACCGGACCCCUGUGGACUGGAUAUCAAAGCUGGAUACCCACCAGAUCGCCCUAAAAACAUUUCAUGCAACUACAGGGUCAUAAAUGAUAAAAGUGGAGUUAUGUUCUGCACUUGGAACAGAGGACGGGAUACUUAUCUCAGAGACAGCUCAGUGCUGAGGGUGAGAACUGUACCAAGAAAUCACACUGAUGGACCAGAUGUGCACAAUGUCUCCAGCAAGGGAACUGAUGUAUCGUCAGUUAAUUUCACUGUGUCCAGAUCUGUCCAGCUCAUCUCUGUGUGGGUCCAAGCUGAAAAUUCACUGGGCUCUGCAGUGUCCUCCACCAUCAACUACACUCUCAGAGACAUUGCGAUGCCAUCGACUCCUGUUCUUGGCCAACCCCAGUGCUCUUCCCGGGAGUGCAUCAUCGAAGUGAAGCAGUCUGUGAUCACUCAACAACUGGAGAUCCAGUACAAAUCAGCAGAGCAGACAUGGACAUCUUAUCCAGACCAAGGUGUGCAGACCAGUACAGUUCAGAACCGGUCCAUCUCGUCUCUCGAGCCCUACAGGUUGUACUAUUUCAGAGCCCGAUCCAAAUUUAGCACCGGCUUGUGGAGUCAGUGGAGUGUAAACGUUUCCUGCUUGACUGAAGAGGAGGCUCCUGCAGAAGAGUUGGAUGUGUGGUACACUGAAUUUGCAUCUGCAUCUGACUUUAAAUCCCUGACAGUUUACUGGAAGGAAGCGAACAUUUCUGUCUCCAGAGGGAAGAUUAAAGACUACAUUGUCAGUGUUGACAGCCCAGAUUCUAGAUUGGCCUUUGUCACUAAUGUCAGUAGCAAUGACAGGAAUUAUACCAUCCCGAUCUGUGCUAACUGUGAAGUGACACUGAGGGCUCGUAACUCCAAAGGGCUGUCCCCUCCUGCUAGAAUUACAGCACGUCACACAAAAGCCAAGUCCUCACAGCAUGUGCAAGUAUCAGCAGUGAACCAUAGUGUCACCAUCUCCUGGAGAAAGCCUGAAACUGCACAACUACCCGCUGCAUAUGUGGUGGAGUGGUACCCAGAGGGCCUCAAGCUGGAGGAGCUCAGAUGGAUGAGACUGGGCAGAAAUGACAACCAUGCAGUCGUUACAGAUAUUAAGCCAUAUGAGUGCUACGAGGGAGCAGUGUAUGAUGUCUAUAAUGAGAGCUCAGUGACUCGGACCAUGUUUGCAGGUGUCACCAUCUUGGAGUCAGUCCCAGAAGCUGGUCCAAUUGCCCAAGAGAAGGUUGAGGGGCAGACAGUGAAAGUGAUAUGGAUGGAGCUUCCCAGGAGCCAGCGGAGGGGUUGUAUCACCAAGUACACCAUCUAUUUGGAGAGCGAAAGUGGACACCAGCAGCCUUACUCUGUGGCAGCAUCAGAGAGGAUGUACGUGAUCAAAGACCUGUCUCCAGCUGCCUACUGGCUGUGGAUGUCUGCCUCCACUGCUGUAGGAGAGGGCCCUAAAAGCAUAAAAAUCCAGCUCUUUAUCCAGGAAGAAACUCCACUGUGGCUCUUACUGGUGUGUGGCAUCACCUUCAUGAUUGUGGUGCUUUUGUUGUGCCUGUGCCAGUGUUCAGCAGUAAAGCAAAAGUUCUGGGUGUUUUUCCAGUGCCUCAUGCUCGAUGUUGUGCCAGAUCCUGCAAACAGCAAAUGGGCUAAAGAGUGUACACAGGAGAAGGGCAAGAUGAACCUCCAGCUACAGCUAAGUAACUCCAGUGUAACCAAGGAGGAAGGAGAGCCCAUCCUGGUGGAUGUGGAGGAGCUGCCCAAGCAGAACAAUGGCAUCUCCACAUCUAAAAACGUCUCCUCGCAGCUCCGUCCUCAGAUCGGCCUCAGCCCGGAGACAGAGACGGCCACACAGCUAUACCCUCUGAGCACGUACAUCAAGAGCUUCUCGCAUGACUCAGACAGCUCCGACCACACACAGACCUCUCUGGACACAAACACAACCGUUGACUAUAUCUCAUCACACGGGAUGGGAACUAUGGAGGAGGAGGAUCAGGAGGAGGAGGAGGAGGAGGAGGAGGAGGAGGAAGAAAUGCUGGGUUUCUUCCCUACUCAAAACGUCUUCAUAGAAACGUUGAACUUUGGAGGAAAGUUGACUCUGGAUGCCGUCAAAAUUGACUUCUGUAGUGACUUCUUUCAGGACAGUUAGUGUGAAACUGAAGCAGAACUCUUUGAUGAGAUCAGGUUUGAGUGAGAAGAACGUUUAGAGGAAGAACUAAUGAAAGAAAUGGAAGCUACUGGACACAACAAUGAUUUCAGUGUCUGUUUUUUUGGAUCACGCACCUAGCUGGGAUGUGCAUGAACUACCUCUUAGCUUAUUGAUCAGAACUGUAACAUAAACAGCUGUCUUGCAGUUGUCUGUGCUGUUAUGCAGGAAUCAUUUUUGACUCGAAUGUAGUUUUUCUUUCAUUUUAUGCAUUACCAUUGUUUUCUCUUCAGAAUGGCUUUAGACACACUAAUACCACAACCAAAAUGAACACGUCACAAGCUGCAUGAGUAUAUCAGAUAUCAACAUUUUAUGCCUGGUUGAAUUGAGGUAAUUGUAAAAAGGCCUCAAUCCUGAUGCUGACAGCACUGAUCGGCCCUUUUCACAGCACACAUUUUGACUUGCCUUGGUAGGAAAAGCGCAGGUGUUAUUAAAUUACAUUAACAAUGGCUCUGUGUCUCAUUAAGCCAUGACAGUGUGACAGUGUGCCACAAUGCACAAUACCGGGACAUGUCUAAUCGUUUUCUGACCCAGUUUAGAUGAAACAACACCCCUUUCCGUGUGACGAAAGCCUCCACCAAAGAUACAUCUAACUGCAGGUACUUUUCUACGUUGUUGUACUGUCCUGAGCACACACCAUGUCUACUCAUUUUGGAAGUCGCUUUUAUCCAAAAGUUACAAGUGAAGGACAUCAUGAAAGCUUCGGUGCAAUAUGAGACCUUGGUGUAAGUGCAAGUACUGCAUGCAUUCAACAAGUGCACCGAAAGUGCACACAACAUAAUGACUAACUUACCCGCUCGUGCUCUGGACGUCUGGCAGGCUUUAAAAAAUGUGCAUGAGAAGAAAGGAUUAAUGUUAGAUUAAUUUAUUACAUUUUAUUCGCUGGUAUAUUUUAACUGAAAGAUCACUUACCUCAGCUCUGUGUCACUGUGAUCGUCAGUAAUCUUUGAAAAGGCUUGACGAGGCUUGAGUCACAUGGAAGUGGGCGGUGUUUCAUCUGAACUGGGUUGGAAAAACCCUAAAACUGAUGCAGCUAAAUGGAAUUUAGCCAUGUUCAUUUUAUUAUUUACCACUGUGCUUUUCCUACUGGGACAUGUCAAAAUGUUUUCUAUGAAGACUCAAAACAUUUACAACCAGAGCUGUGCUUUUAAAUACAUCUAUGCUACCUCAAUCUUAUUUUAGCUACCUAAUCUAAUCGCAGCAUGACAGAUAAUGUGCUAAUGUUGUUGCUGAGACCAAAAUCACAAUCAAUCAAUUGCAAUACUGUGUGCAAAAUGUUAAAGCAUUUGAUAAAAGGAAAUAUUUGGAAUGAUUACAGCCAUGCUAGCAGCUGUGAGGCUGUAUGUAGGAACAGCAGUGCUUUGAGCUACGUACAUAUAAUGCUCACAAGUGCUUAUUUCCACUGAAAACAAAGAACAGCUUGUUUUGCAGGUAUUUGGUCAUCAGCCAAACUAUUGAACAAGUUGACAUUUUUAUCUAAUGAGAGUAAUAGACAAGAAGUUAAGGGAUCACGAGUUAUUACAAUUCAUUCUGAGUGGGACGUGAAAAUGUGCCCCAAAUUUCAUGGCAAUCAUUUUAAUAUUUAAGACAUUUCACUAAAAGCCAAAAAUGUCAACCUCAUGGUGGUGCCAGAGGAAAGAUUAGGAAAUCACCAAAGUCAAUAGGAUUCAUCCUCUGGGAGCCACGAAUGCCUAUACAAAAUUUCAGGGCCAUCGGAUCAGUAGUUGAGCUACCUCAGUCUGUCCGAAAAAGUUGACUGAUUGACCAACAUUAUCCUACCAAGUCAUGUCGCUAGCAUGGCUAACACUGAGAUGUUUGAAAUUGGUUGCGUAGUGUUUUUCUUUACAUCUUCAUCAAGAGGAAACUGGAUUAUCAUUUUACCUAAUAGAUUUGCAACCAAUCACUGUCUCUAUUUCCAAAUUAGUUUAACUCAGACUUUUGAUCAGUUACUUUCAUUGUUACCUUAUUGGGAGAAUCUGAUGUCAUUUUUAUUAAAUAAUAAAUGAUUUAA